UAUAAUUAUAAAUUAAAUAAAACAAACAAUCUUAAAAUGCAAGGAUUAUUACAACCAUCUCAAUAAACUCUUCUUGUACGUUCACCAACUGAAGGAUCUCUUAAAAGUUAUUCCAGACAUGAAAGUAAAGCAAAGAAAAGAAUACUUUAUAAAAAUAAAAAAGGUGACAUUGUUGACCCUUCUGAAAAAUCACAAAGAUUAACUCAAUAUUCAUAAUAAACACAAUCUUAUAAGUCUCGAAACAAUACACCAACUUUAUCUGAAACCACCAAAACUUAAACUACUGGAGUUUUUGAUCUACUACCUAUUGAUGAUCCAAUUUGGUUAGAAUUGAUUCCUAUUGAUAUCUAAUAAGAUCAAAACUUUAAUCUUGAAAAAUUAAUCAAUGAAAAUCAAGAGUACUUUGUUAACUUAAUUGGAUUGUACAUGUAAGAAAGAUAAUUUAAUCGAAUACAAGAAUUGAAACUUUCAUUACCUAACAAAAAACAAUCUACUUAUGAUUCGGUUUUCAAAAAACUUCAACCUUUAGAUUAAUCUAAUUUUAAUAUCAAAAUGUAUGAUUAAGUCCCAUAACCUUAAUCACUUUAAUUAUAAACACAAUAUGAAGUAAUUUAUUCAUUCAUAUUUCAAGACAUCUUAUCGUACUCCUAAACCAUAAUUUUAAGAUAAUUUCAAACCUUCUUUUUAUAAAGAUCCAUCUGAAAUGCUAACACUUACAAGUUAUAAAUAAGAUUAUAUGAAUUGGAAACCAUCUCUUACUGAAAGAGUUGGACCUUAAAGAGGAAAUAGUACAGGUGCACUACCCUUUCUUGGUAAAACAUCCUAUCAAGAUAACUUUAAAAUUACUCAUUGUGAACCUACAGAAUCUGCCAAAAAAAAAUCUCUGUAAACUUUUAUAUCUCAUUUUAUCUUUAGAGGACCCUUUGCAUCCAGUAAUUCCAUGAUCUUCAAAGAAGCUUUAUCGAAAAUUCAUUAUCCUGCAUACUCUUUUGAAGAUCUACCUUUAAGAAAAUAAAAUAGUAACCACAUCUAAAGCAAUGGAUCUUAUGAUGGUUAAUUUAAAACUACAUUUAAAAAGUUUCAAAACAUUCUUUUAUAUUAGCUCCUUCGCACACAAAGUACCUGAGCCAAUUAUUCAAGAUAGAUAUUGGAAAUAAAAACUUAUACAAAAAAUUUUAGAAAAGAAAUAAAUUUGA